AUGUUAUUAUCCCUCUUCCCCCUCAUUUCAACCCUCCUCACCGCCACCACAGCCACGCCCUCUCCCAUCGCCCAAAGCCCACUCGCAUCCUCGCAAGGCCGCUUCUCAUGGACAGACCUCGGCCUUCCGGAGGACAUCCUCCAAAUCUCAAAACUCACCAUCGAUCCAGAUGCCCUCGAAACUGGAACCAACUACACCAUAACCCACACUGGGACUUUAUCCGCCGACCUCGAAGAAGGCGCAACGGUAGACCUGACGAUCAAGCUCGGGCUGAUCAAGUUGCUUGCCACGACGAUCGAUCUCUGCGAUAACGAGUAUUUGAAGCUGGAGUGUCCUGUUGCGAAGGGGGAGGUCAGUUGGACCACGGAGUCGGCUAUGCUGCCGAGGGAGGUGCCGAAGGCGAAGUUUAAGAUUCAGGCUGUUGGGUUGACGGCGGAGGACGAGGAUUUGUUUAGUGUGGAGGCGGAGGUGGAUUUUAGGGGGUGA